AAGACGACAACCGCGAAUGGGAGAGCCGGAAGAGCUCCAAGCCCGACUCUCAGUUCCGACGAACUCGGGCCUUCUUCGGCCCGCCCGGCCCGGAAAUAUUGAGGAGACUGGCUGAAUCGGAGCAGCGCGCGGCCCGAGAACCGCUCGAAGAUUCGCCUUCGGGCUAUGAGUUCGACUGUUCGACGGGACUUCGGGGAUCCCGAUUGUCCUCCGGAUUUAAAAAAUCGUGAGCCGGGGACGCGAUUGGUUGCAAUUCAUGAGUUCCUCGUUGGAUCUAUUGGCUCCAUCACUUGAGACAGUGGAGACUACUAAGGAAAUAAUAAUAGUCCCUGUAGAUGCUAGCCCUUUUGAAAUAUCUACAGGCGAAAAGAGAAAAAGAGAAGGAGGGAGAGUAAGGUCGAGAGUGUGGCAACACUUCAGCAAGCUUGAAAAGAGGCCAGGUGAGCGAGAGGAAUGCAGGUGCAAUUAUUGUGGUAAUCUAUAUGUGUGUUCGAGCAAGUCUGGUACAACCCAUCUAAAUCGCCAUAUAUUCGAGGGGGGAUGUCCCAAAUACAAGCCGGCUCUAAGCGAGAUGCAAAAUCUUACUAGUUAUCCAAAAGAUGAUUUAGAUGACGACAACAAUAUAACACCUUUGAGAGUUAACACAGAGGAUAGUACGAGGAAUUUCUCUGAACAGGAAGUUGCCGAAAAUUUUGCAUCAGAACUAGUGCAACUGAAGGAAGAGAAUACAAAGCUUCUACAUGAAAGAGAUGAUUUGGCAGCCCAAAAGACAAACCUUGAGCAACUAAUAGUAACUAUGGCAUCUGAAACGGCUCGCUUAAUGGAAGAAAAUACUAAGCUGAAGGAAGAAUGCUCAAGGCUUCAAGAAGAGAGACAUAAAACAGUUACCAGAGAGGAAUUUGUGCGACUGGAAACCCAAGUCUCGAAACUUAGGGAGGAUUUUGAACGCGAUAGACGAGUAUUUCCAGCAGCUACAAUGGCAGCUCUAGCGCACUUUCAAAAGGGAAGAUAAAUGGAACAUCUGCCCCACCACAGCGUGAGCACUAAAUGGUUCGCUUGUAUAUCUGGCCUUUGCAUUUCAACUUGCGCCUAGACUUCUAAAUUAGAGAUUGCGACGCUCCCCAACAUUCAAACUGUACCAUAAUGUUAGCCAUUGCUUUCAUACUGUGGUUGUAAUGUCUGUCGAAUUUUCUUAAAUUUAUAGUCUGCAGUUUCAAUAUCAUUGAGACACCGGCAUUUUUGUCGCCGUCUAUUAGAACAUGUAACAAUUUCUUCCAGUGUUGUAUCAGUCCCGGGCAUGGACCCUCUUUGAUGCACAGGAGUAGUAUGCAGUUUCCAGCAGCACCGAUCUUCUUGUUCUGCCUUUCGACGGCUCUCUGGAAAGCAGAGGCCGGGUCAUGAAUCAACGGGAUAGAACGAAAGAAAGUACAGAUGUGAUGAACAUGCACAGUGAUCCGACAACAUGAGAUCGAAGAAAACUAAACAGAAGUCGAGGGACAUCCGAAGAUUAUCAGACAGUGCAUUACCUAUCGGUUUCGCAGCAUUGAGUGAGAUCCUUAACAUUGCUAAAUGGUUGAUUGGAAUAGAUGGCCAAAGAUAUAUCUGUAUUUUCUACUUCUCCAUGUUCCGGAAUCACGUGAUGAUCUUCAUGCGGAAUGGACGUUAUAUAUUUUUCGUUUCAUGGUAUAUAAAUCAUUGAAAGAGAUUUUUAUUUU